UAAAAUGAAAUUGUGACAAAUUAACUGAGCCGGUGACAAACUGGGCAGCCCCCGUUUCUUCUACUCCUAUUCUUUUAAAGUAAUCAACAGAUAGAAAUCUAGGCCAUCAUGCAAGCUUCAAAGUAAUGAACUAAAAAUCAAUCCGGCCCUCGCAGCCUUUGCACGCCUGACACUCAACAGAAGAUCUACUCAACAUAAUGAACUAGCAGACCACCCCCUCGCCCCCCAACCUCGUUUCUUCUUUCUCUUUUUCACUGGAAUCACUGCAAGGUUGUUUCGUGACAGAUUUCCCUCCCUUCUUUUAUCUUUCGUGCGAAUAGGCCUCAUCAGCUGCUUCGCCGGCACUUUAAUAAUUAUUAAUCAAACUAUACUAAACCGUCAGCCAUGCUAACUCUUUAAAAUAUAUGAAUUCAGCAACAAAAUCAUAAACCAAAUUAUAGUUUUAAAAGUUCAUAGCCUAUUGAAUAGUUAGCUAGCGCACCAAGCCUUGGGGUGCAAGCGGAAGAAGCCUUAACCCCGUAUCUUUUAUUCACUGCGAAACUAGUUUGUUGUGUGGUUGCUGCAUACUAUUCUUGACUCGAACGAUUGUCAAGUGCUUUAUAAUUAUUGCUGCAACACACGUUGGAAUAAACACUCCAGGAUUAUAAUUAUUGCUGCAACACACGUUGGAAUAAAUGCUCCAGGAUUAUAAUUAUUGCUGCAACACACGUUGGAAUAAAUGCUCCAGGAUUAUAAUUAUUGCUGCAACACAUGUUGGAAUAAACGCUCCAGGAUUAUAAUUAUAGCUACAACGCACACUGGACUAAACCUUGCAACCUCCCAAGAUGAUGGAGCUGGACUUAACUCGUGUUGACUACCUGCAGGCGGGAAUAACAUGCCCUAAGUCAAUGCAAGUCCUGCCCAUAGCAGGCAAAACUCAAAAGAUUGCUGUUGGCGACAGUGAUGGAGUUGUUCAGUGUUUUGGAGUACGGAAAGGGGAAGUCCAGGUAUGUGGAGGGCACAGAUCUCCUGGUGUGUGGCAACUUUGUGUUCAACCACUACCGCGACUGCAAGGACAUCAACUACGUGGUGUGCAACGACAAAAUCACUGACGUCCUGUGCCUGCCCACGGAGACACGGAAUGGAAUCACCCCCAUCUUGGCCUGCCAGGACCGCGUACUGAGAGUGCUCCAGUUUGGUACCAAGCCACCGCUGGGAAGUGCCCAAUGACAAGCGUAGCGGAGGUGUGCUGUGCCUAGACAACUACGACAUCACCGCGGACGGCGUCCUUGACCUCCUGGUGGGCCGCGAUGACGGGCAGGUGGAGGUGUACAGUUAUGAUGACGCAGACGAGCCCGUCCAUCGCUACAGUCAUGCUGGGUGUUUGCCCUAACCACAGAGCACCUGACCAAGGAGGCGGGGCCUCAGCAUGUCGCCACAGACGCGGUCGCCGUGGCUAAAAUCAACAACCUCAAGUAGGUCCUGGCGUGCCGUGUACUCUCUCCCCCUCCCAGCUCUUGUCAUUUUGUCACCGUGGUCCAUCUUUGUCACUGUGGUCCAUCUUUGUCACCGUGGUCCAUCUUUGUCACCGUGGUCCAUCUUUGUCACCGUGGUCCGUCUUUGUCACUGUGGUCCGUCUUUGUCACCGUGGUCCAUCUUUGUCACUGUGGUCCAUCUUUGUCACCGUGGUCCGUCUUUGUCACCGUGGUCCGUCUUUGUCACUGUGGUCCGUCUUUGUCACCGUGGUCCGUCUUUGUCACUGUGGUCCGUCUUUGUCACCGUGGUCCAUCUUUGUCACUGUGGUCCAUCUUUGUCACCGUGGUCCAUCUUUGUCACCGUGGUCCGUCUUUGUCACUGUGGUCCGUCUUUGUCACCGUGGUCCGUCUUUGUCACCGUGGUCCGUCUUUGUCACCGUGGUCCGUCUUUGUCACUGUGGUCCGUCUUUGUCACCGUGGUCCAUCUUUGUCACUGUGGUCCAUCUUUGUCACCGUGGUCCAUCUUUGUCACCGUGGUCCGUCUUUGUCACUGUGGUCCGUCU